AUGAGAUUUCCUUCAUAAUUAACAAACUAAUUGAAUAAUUUCAAUAAUAUUAAAAUUUUUCGAUGUUUAUUUUGGUAAUCAAAUAAAUAGCAAUAAUUUGCUCUACAAUUAGUGCGGGGCCUGUUGUAUCUCCUAUUUAGUUUGGUAUUUAUAGAGGAUUACAAUGACCAAAAUGAAAAACAAAUUUCAAUUAUUACCUCAUGUCAAGCUUAGGUCAAAUUAUAAAAAAUCUCUAUAAUUUCAACCCUUAACUCUUAGAUUAUAUAGAAAUUGAUACCAUGGCCUUUCAAGGAAAGAAUUAUCAUAUUAUAAUCAUGUCACUUGUCUGAAGUGAAGGACAGGUUCUUAAUAGACAAUGAGAGAUCAAAUGACGCACCAUCAAGAGCAUAAUGUAGGUAAGUCAUAUUUAUAAAUUGUAAGGCUUGGUCAAACCAACAAAAGUUGA